AUGCACACGGCGACGAUAUGCUGCCCGACGAGGGGAAGCCUCUCGUCCUCGGGCCGGAUCGUGGGAGGGGAAGACACAGAACCAGGGGAAUAUGCCUGGAUGGCUGCUCUGAUAAAAAAAUCUUCCACUCCACCCUCUUCCACCCAAAGUCCUUUCUGUGGCGGGUCUCUCAUUUCCCCCGGUCAUGUUCUCACUGCUGCUACAUGUGUUCGAGAAGAUCGACAGGACCCGAGUUCCUUUCUGGUCCGAAUCGGAGAGCACGACUUCGCGAAUACGUCAGAGACAGAGCAUCGAGAUUUCAACGUCGCACGAAUCCACAUUCAUCCCAAUUUCACGGAAAGGAGUUGGGGCUUAUAUAAUGAUCUGGCAAUUCUCGAACUGGAUAAUCCAUCCGAGGAUGAACCUGCGACUGUCUGCCUGCCCAAAAAAGCAGGAGAAUUCAAGGGUUGCGGGGCCGUUGUCACUGGUUGGGGGGUGACGCAAGAGGGAGAAAUGACUCAACCACUUAUCCUCCAACAAGUCCGCGUCGACGUCUACUCGCAAGAAAAGUGCCGAGAGAGCUACCAAGGCAUCACGAAUACUCAUCUCUGUGCGGGGGACGAGAACGGAGAGAAGGAUUCUUGCCAGGGAGACACGGGUGGACCCUUGCUCGUCGGCCUCGAAGGGAAAUGGGUCCAAGUUGGGAUCGUGUCUUACGGAAUCGGCUGCGCGUGGCCUGGAUAUCCCGGAGUCUACGCGAAUGUCUCCUCUCACUUGCCUUGGAUCGCCGGUCAACUUGGGCCGUACACUCUUAAUGGUACCGGUUGA